UGACACAUUCAGCAGUGUCAACACAAUAGUGAAGGAAACAAUUCUGUUGAUCACAUUUCUAGUGACUGAUGUUAAAAUAUGACAAAAAAUGAAGAAAUUCUGAAGCUGAACUCAUGAAAAAUAAGAAAAGUUUUUCCAAAUAAAAUCACAAAAACAGAAGAUAAGAGUAAGUUGGGUUUGGAGAACUUUACAAAAAGGUGAAAUAUCUGUUCAGUUAUUACUUAAAUAUUCAUAACAUUCUGAUUUACUGCAAUACUAAUUGUAUUUUUAUUUUAAAAAAUAACUCAUAAAGCAUCAGUUAACUCCAUCUUGGUUCAUUUCCACAGCAGUCGUUGUGAUAUCUGCAGCUUUUCUCCAUUUCUGACUUGUUUCAAACGCCUCGGCUCGCCUUCAUUUUGAGGUUCAACUGUGAAUUCAUCUCAAGAGGCAGAAAAAAAAACACUUCCUGUGAGGCUCAGUGGGUGAAAGCAUCAGAGAAAGAUCCAGUCGCUCAGAAGACAUCCAUCUCUCACCGUCACGCUCAUGUAAACGGUUUUAUCUGGACGCAACUUUUCUGGAUUUAAUCCUCUCUAAAGACAGAUCGAAAGGACAGAGGAAGGUUUGGAGACCGAGCACCAUGAUGGGAGUUCAGAUCGUGCUGGUUGUUCUCAUCCUGUGUGCCGUCACCCUGGGAGCCCAAGGAGACUCUAAGGGGGAUGUACAAUUCAAACAAAAUACCGUCACACUGACCUGUCCAGAAGGAUAUACAAAACGGGGACCUGGAUUGAAAAAUGAUGACAAUAACACUUAUACUUUUGAGUAUAAAAAACCUGUCAAAUAUUACUGUGAAAGUGGUAGUAAAAAAUACUUUUUUUAUGUAAAAGGCAAAGGAUGUGACAACUGCUUUGAGCUGGAGGGAUGGCUGUUGGCGGCGGCCAUCGUUGGAGACGUUGUUAUGACGACGAUUCUGAUAAUGAUCAUCUACAAAUGCAACAAGAAGAAGACCACGGAUGAACCUGCUCAAACAAUCUUUCCAUCUGCUCCUCCAGCUAACUAUCCUCCAGGACCUCGAGGUCGACAUGCCCCAAGCCAAACCUAUGAACCACUGAACCCUCAGACUCGCCACGACGGUGUUUACUCCAAAGUGCAAAGAACGGGAUAAGGAGCUGUCGGAUGGAGUUUUGGUUUGAAAGCUCACCGUGAGCUCCCCAAAGGGAGUCAAAGGUGUUCCCAGAGCUGUGGAGCUCUGGUUCUAUCUAAGGCGCGUCUUUCUCAUUUAUCUGCUGUACAAAAGACUGACGAGGGGCUCUUCAAGAUGGAGCUUUGUGAUGCCCGUCAGAUGUCACUCCCAACGUUCUUUGCAUGUUUUUAUGUCAGCAACUCCGUCCAAGUUAGGAAACACAAAUACUUUUAUAUCAAAUCAAACCGAUGUUUGAGAAUUCAGUGCGUAGUAAAAACUAUUUCACAAAAACGGCUCAUUUUCAACACAGUAUCUACUAUUCAGGCCUGUUCCCACAAAUGAAGCGUUUCAAAGCUAACUUUGUGCCAAACUACGGUGACUCAAAUACCUCAACCAAAAAACUAAUGAAAGAUCACAAUGACAAUAAAAAUACAAAACCAAUAACUAACAUGUAAUGUUAGCUUAUGUCACAUUAGAAAUUAAAAUUAAAAUACUACAUAAAAAAAAUUUAACUAAAUAAAAAUAAGACAUUUUGGAGAAUAAAAAUUAUUUACAGAAAUCAAUAUGAAAUGUUAAAAAAAUGAAACUCAAUAAGGCAGAAUCCACAUUCUUCCCUUCUCUGUCCCCUUACAGUAUGAAAAAGAAACUAUGUCAAAUUCCCUCACUACUCACUACAUAGUGCCUUUGUCAUUUUCUAGUGCUGUCCAAAUCUACAAUUCCAAAAAGUCUUUGUGAAAAACUAGUGUGCGUUCAUGCUCACUACAUAAGUGAAUAUAGAUCACAAUGCACUGCGCUCGAACAAUUUUAGAGUUUAGAAUAAAAGAAAGAAAAGUAGUGAGCAUGGUGUCUCUGAAUUAGUUUAAAAAAACAGGCCACUAUAUAUAUAUAUAUAUAUUCACAGAUAAAUACAAUAUAGUAUGUAGUUUUUUAGUAGUUAGUGAUUAGAAUGGGAAUUCAGACGUCACUGUGGUGUCUCAGAAUUCAGACAUAACUUCUGUGUGAUGAUACCAUCAAUAAUCGCCGGUCAGCUAGCGUUAGCUCGGAGCUUUCAGCGCUCAAAUAUAAAAAACAACAUCGUUUUUAUAACUUUAAAACGGUCACACUAAAACAGAAAUUCAUUACUUGCAUUUAAAUGUAAACCUCUGCGCUUCAGAGAGCACCUGCGAGAAGAAAAGCGCUUCUCCUCCUCGACACAAACGGAUGCGGGUUACCCUCACAACAGAGGGAUUUGUAGCCCUCCGCCUGGAGGGUUGGUCCUUAAAAAAACAUUUUUUGACACCACUUCCACUAGAAAUGCCCCUACAAAUGGAGGGGUAGGGAGAAAGGAAGAAUUCAGAUUGGGCCUAAGAAACCAGAAAUCAUCAUCCAAACCCCAUAAAACCUCUACCUGUUCCAGUUUCUUAUUGUGUUUUCUUCUUUAGCAUUUCCUUUUUAAUUUUGUAAAUUACUUUUAUUUUUUGAAGCGUUUUAUUUUUAUAAUGGUUUCUGUAAUUAAGUUUAUAUUUCUAAAUAGUUUUUUUUUUCUUUUAUUUUUAUUGUUGUUGUGAGUUUAACAUGUUUUGGCUUUAAGUUAUUUGUUUAUGUGAUUUGAACUUCAGGGCCACCGUACCAAACCUUUUACAAGGCAAAAAAGCCAACAGGGCUUAUUUUUAAGUAGGUCCUUCUCUUGAAGCAGGAAAAAAAACAGAUAAUUUAAUUAUUUUUUAUAAAGUUUGGAUCCUUUAGUAAAUAACAAAAUACAACAGAUAGCCAGAGGAGAAACGUCAAACUGUAUUUAUCUUUGAAACUUUCAUGUAUUCUUCUUUUGCUGUGUAUAUAACUAAGUUUUUGUACUUUUUUUUAUUAUUCAGUAUUUGUUAGGUAGUAUUAUAGUAUGGUGGACAAGUAUAUCAAUAUCUUGUGUCAUUCAGCUUCUUUUUAGUGCUACUUUUAGUCAAACGUGCACCUGAAUGAUGCAAAACACCAAACUAGUCAAAAAACUGCACAUUUAUGUAUAAUAUGGUUAAAAGUGAGUAGAUCAAACUGAUAUUUUUGUUUGUAAUGCACAGUUAAUAUCUGGAUAUUAUUGGUGCAUAAAAUCAAUCAAACUUGUGCAGAAAAAAAUAGUUUUUCUAAUGUAUAAAAUUGUUUUUUUCU